CAGCGUUGUGCAGCUAAGCCACGGUGCCGCGAUCUCUAUCCGGCGAACCUAUUAAAAAUGCCGGAGGAACAAAAAUCAACGAGUACCACUACUGGUAAUGUUACGGCAGCUGAAAAUGGAACAGGAGUUACUCAUUCACCGAGUAAAAGUCCAAUGAUAAGAGGUAAAAUGGCACUUGCUAAAAUUACACUCCUUGAUGGUACUACUAAAGAUUUUUCUAUAGAGAGAAAAGCAAAAGGACACGAGCUUCUUGAUAAAAUAUGUGCAAGUAUUAAUUUAAUUGAAAAGGAUUAUUUUGGUCUUAUUUAUGAAGAUAAAUAUGAUCCAAGAAAUUGGCUUGAUUUGGAAAGAAGAAUUACGAAAUUCAUAAAAAGUGAACCUUGGAAAUUCAAUUUUGAGGUAAAAUUUUAUCCACCAGACCCUGCUCAAUUGCAGGAAGAUAUUACUCGAUACCAAUUGUGUCUUCAAAUUAGAAAUGAUAUAAUAACAGGACGAUUAGCGUGUUCAUUUGUCACUCACGCUUUAUUAGGGUCUUAUUUAGUACAAUCAGAAGUGGGCGAUUACGAUCCUCAAGAGCAUGGCAGAGAUUAUUUGAAAGAUUUUAAAUUUGCACCUAAUCAAACAUCUGAACUUGUUGAGAAAGUAAUGGACCUUCACAAAACGCACAAGGGUCAAACACCUGCUGAAGCAGAAUUACAUUACUUAGAGAAUGCAAAAAAACUAGCUAUGUAUGGUGUUGAUCUACAUCCAGCAAAAGAUUCAGAAGGAGUAGAUAUAAUGCUCGGUGUUUGUUCUUCGGGACUUUUAGUUCACCGUGAUAGACUGAGAAUUAAUCGAUUUGCAUGGCCUAAAAUAUUAAAAAUUUCAUAUAAAAGGCAUAAUUUUUAUAUUAAAAUUCGGCCAGGAGAAUUUGAACAAUAUGAAUCAACGAUUGGUUUCAAAUUAGCAAAUCAUCGAGCUGCCAAAAAAUUAUGGAAAGUUUGCGUAGAACAUCAUACUUUCUUCAGACUUAUGAGUCCUGAGCCGGUGAAAAAGGUUGGUUUGUUACCACACUUAGGAUCACGAUUUCGUUAUUCUGGACGUACACAUUAUGAAACUAAAAAAAUUCCUAUUGAAAGACAACCUCCACAAUUUGAAAGAUCACUGAGCGGUCGUCGUUUAACGUCUCGCAGUAUGGACGCUUUAGGUGGGUCACAAACUGUCGAAACUUAUGGCUCAGAACCAAGUAAACGUCACACAAUGAGUUAUGAACCCGAAAUGAUACCAGAUAUGGAACACAUCGAUCAAAGGCCUAGUCCAAUAAAAAAACAAAAAGAUAAGAAACCGGUCGGAGGUAUUGCGGUAUUACCGCCUGCCGGUGGUGAACUUACCAGUAAGAAGAAAAAGGAUAAACAGAAUGAAAAUGAAAAAGAAAAUUACAAUGAUCUUAAUAAAUCAGAAUUGAUAAAUGAUAGCACGUCUGGCGAUAAUAAAAAAUUAAAGGAGAAGGCAAGUCCAGAAAAGCGUGACAAAAAGGAGAAAAUAAAGAUUCCUGUCGGUGGAUUUCUCUUUGGUAAACGAGAUAAAGAUUCAAAUAAAACACAAAAACAAACUAAAAAUAAUAAGGAACUUGAUGAAUCUAUUGGUGAUGCUGAUUCAAAUAUUUCUGUAUCAUCAAAACAACCACAACCUAUUGAACCAAUAAAAGAAGUAACAUCUGGAAAAAAAUCACCAGCUUAUACAAAGACUUAUGAUUAUGAAGAAACCCCAUCGUCACCAAGUAAAAAAAAAUCAUACGUACCUCAUGGUUUUUCAUAUGAAGAUAGAGCAGCUUCACCAGAAAGUAAUAAUCAACAAUUACUUCCUGGAGAAAGUAAAAAAGCUACUGGAUUAGCGUUUAAUUAUGCUCCGGGUGAGGAUAAAAAAGUUGUUGAGUCAGCGGCUGAAAAACGUAAAACCAAAGAUAUUUCACCGAAUAAAAUAACAUCACCAUCACCACCACCACCACCACCACCACCACCAUCAUCAUCAUCAUCAUCAUUAUCAUCAUCUCAACAACCGACUACAGGUUUAAGAACUCCAGGGAUUAAUUAUGUUGAAUCUGCAGGAUUAAAAGAACAACAAAAACAAGAAUUAACAAGUCCAAAUGACAAAACUGGAUCAGCAGCACUUAUUGCUAAAGAACAAUCUGGUAAUUUAACAUCAUCCGUUAAUCCCGAUAUAAUUAUUAUACCCAAAAAUGUUGAUUCACAAAAAGAAUAUCUAAUAUUACCAUUACCAGAAGGUACUACUUUUAUUGGAGGUAUGAUUUACGUAAAAGAUAAACUUUAUGAUCAAAAUUCAUUGGGGCCUGAAUUUAAUAAAAUAUUAAAAGGUAAAUUACAUGGAAAAGAUGAUAAAUUAAUAAAAAAAAGUGAUUUUGGUCCACAAGGUUCAUACAUUGUUAAUGGUAUUAUUACUGGUAAAGAUGGAAAACCAUUAAAUCAAAAAAUUCCUAGUGCAGAUAGUAGUUUAAAUAACUAUUAUUUAAAUAAUGGAAUUAUUUAUUGUGAAAGUGGUAUAAAUAAUGGUCAACCACAACCACUAAAUAAUUAUUAUUUAGGUCCUAAAAAUUCUUUAAUUAAAGAAGGUAAAGUUAUUGGUAAAAAUGGUAAAACAAUAACGAUAGACAAUAUAGGAGGAUCAUUAAAUGGUGGAUCAAUAAAAGAUGGUUUAAUAUUUAGUGAUGAUGGUAAACCACUUACUCGUGGUUCUUACGGAACAGAUGGUAAUUAUAUUGUCGGUGGAAUAGUAUGUUCACCUAAUGGAAAAGUUAUUAAUCAAAUAGCUAUUCUUCCGGAUUCAACUUACAUAUCUGAUGGUUUAAUUUAUGGUCGUGAUGGUAAACUUUUAUCUAGUGGAGAUCUUGGACGUGAAGGUAAUUAUAUUACUGAAGGUAAAGUUUACGCCAAGGAUGGUAAACCUGUUAAAAAUGAAAUAUUUAGUUCUGAUGGUUCUAUUAUUAAAGAUGGAAUUGUUUAUGCUAAAGAUGGAAAAUUAUUAAAUCAAGCAUCUUUAUUACCCGGUGGUGCUUAUUUAAAAGACGAUGGUAAUUUAAUAAAACAAGAAUCAUUUCAAGGAUCUAAUGCAAGUCAAAUAAAAAAAGGUAUUAUAAUGGGAAAAAAUAAUAAACCACUAAAUCAAGAUUCAUUAUUACCAGAAGGUGCAUUUAUAAAACAAGGUAAAAUUUAUAAUCGUGAUGAUGGUAGUUUCAUUAAAGAUGGAUUAAUAUACGGUAAAGAUGGUAAAUUAUUAAAUUUAAGUUCAUCUAUACCUGAUGAUUGUUUUAUUUCUAAUGGAGUUAUUUUUGAUAAUAUGGGAAUUCCACUUGAUAAAAAUCCAUUUGGAUCGGAUGGUUCAUAUAUAGUUUCUGGUUUAAUUUAUGAUAAACACGGUAAUAUUGUUAAAAAUGGAAUAUUUGGUUCACGUGGACAUAAAAUUAAUAAUGGUAUAAUUAUUGAUAAAAAUGGUAAACCACUAACAGAAACGACUAAUAAUAAUGAUCUAGCCAUAAUUGAUGGUAAAAUAGUUGAUAAAGAUGGUAAUCCUAAAAAUCAAGGAUCAUUAUUACCAGACAACGGGUGUUAUAUUAAACAAGGAAUUGUAUAUGAUAAAAAUGAUGAUCCACUUAAAAUUGGUGUAUUUAAAAUUGAUGGUACAUAUAUAUUAGAUGGAUUAUUACACAAUUUUGGUGGUGGAUUAUUUAAUGCUGGCAGUAAAUUACCUGAUGAAUAUUACGUUAAAGAAGGUAGACUUUAUGAUGGACUCAUUUAUAAUAAUAAUAAUAAUAAUAAUAAUGGAAAAUUACUUGAAAAAACUUAUACUUAUAUAACAAUAACGAUGAUAAAUAAAGGUUUAAUUUGUGAUGCCAGUGGAAAACCAAUAACAGAAAGUCCAUUUGGUAAUGAUGGUAGUUAUAUUAAUAAUGGUAAAAUUUAUCAAUCAAAUGGUAAACUUUAUAAUAAAGAUGUAUUUGGACAAGACAAUGGAUUUAUUAAAGAUGGAAUUAUUUAUGAUAAAUCUGGUCAACCAACGGAGUAUAAUUAUUAUCAAUCAAAAACUAAAAAUAUUUCUCCUCAUCAAACUACUACUACUACUACUACAACUCCUUUGAAAAUAAAAAAAACUCCCGUACCAGUUAGUACUCCUACUAUUGUUAAAACUACAACUAAACAAUCUGUAAUAAAAGAUCAAGAAGGAUUAACCCAAAAUAUUGAAGAAAAAAUUGAAGAUCUUACUCCCGGAGGUACAGGACAAAUAACAGUAAAUACACAAGUUAAUAAGGCUGAAACUCAGGAUGAUGGUAGAGCUCCAUAUAUGACAGCAACAGCUGUCACUACUCGUACUGCUACUAUGCAUGAAGAUCUUGAAAAAAAUCAAAAAACAAGUCAGGUUGAAGAGAAAACAGUAGCACACACCACAGCGACUAGCGCUACUAGGCAAGAACAACGAGUUGUUACUCAAGAAGUUAGAACUACAAGUCAUGUGCUUUCCGGAGAACAGGGGGAUUCAGCAGGAAUAGUGGCAACAGAAACGCAUGUAUUUUCGGGUGAACCAGAUAGCAAUGUUAUUGCAACUAGUACUGUACCAUUGGUUGCAACUGAAACAAGAAAAGUGGCAUUGGAAAAUGAAGACGGCAGUUACAGUGCUACAGGUGAAAUAGUUAGUUCUCAAACUAUUUCUAGUAAAACUCGAACUGUGGAAACAAUUACGUAUAAAACCGAACGAGAUGGAGUAGUUGAAACUCGAGUAGAACAAAAAAUAACUAUUCAAUCGGAUGGUGAUCCAAUUGACCAUGACAGAGCACUCGCUGAAGCUAUACAAGAAGCAACAGCAAUGAAUCCUGAUAUGACAGUUGAGAAAAUUGAAAUUCAACAACAAACAACUCAAUAUUAUCGUCACAAA